UCGAUCGGGUCACGAUUUCUCGAUCGUGCGAUCAUCAUGGACGACAAGAUUGUGCGCCCAUCUAUAUUCGAAACAAUUCAGCUGCACUUCUUGUCCUUUGCCUACGGCCUUUACUUGAUCGCUAAGCGACUACUCAAAUGGGCAUGGGAUCCCAAGAAGUUCUUCGUGCUGCGACAACGGGAUCGACCGCCAACGUGUCUAAUCGACAACAGCCUCGGAACGCAUUCCUACGUGAAAGUCAAGGGCGUUAAAUUUCACUACGUAGAAGCGGGAUCUAAAGAUAAAUCGCUGUUGUUAUUGUUACAUGGAUUCCCAGAUUGCUGGUUAUCCUGGCGCGAACAAAUCCAGCAUUUCGCGGAACAUUACAGGGUAGUGGCUUUGGAUUUAAAGGGAUUCGGCGAUAGUGACAAGCCAUUCAACAGGCGAUUUUAUAAGGUGGAAAUCAUAUUAGACGAAUUGAAAGAAUUCAUUUUAGCUCUCGGAGUGAAAACGUGUAGUAUAAUCGGCCAUGAUCUAGGAGGGCUUUUGGGAUGGUAUAUGGUUGCUCUGCAUGGAGAUCUUGUUUACAAAUUUGUGGCUAUUUCGAGUCCGCAUCCUAAUCUCUAUUGGAACAGAGUAUCAGGAAAUUCUACGUUAGAUAGAAAAUGGAUACAUUUUAGUAGAUUGCCCUUUCUACCAGAAAUAGACGCACUUAAGGAAGAUUUAUCUAUAAUCAAUGAUACAUUUCAACAUCUUCAGAUAUCUCAGAAUGAACCCGGAAAAAAUUAUGUUGAAGCAUAUAAAUACACCUUUAGUAGAACAGAGGACUGGACAGGACCAAUUAAUUAUUAUCGCAAUUUCCCAUUCAUAAAAUUAAAUAUACUCAAACAGAUUGACAACAAGACGUUACUGAUUGUGGGAAAUAUGGAUCCCUUUGUAAAAAUAGAAACUAUUAUUCAAAGUUCCGAAUACAUAGAGACGUCGAACGUCAAAGUUAUACCGAAUGCACAGCAUUUUCCGCAUCAGGAGAAACCGGAUGCUGUAAAUAAGGCAAUUAUCAAAUUCUUGAUAGGCACAGCGUGUACUGUGGAGAAGACACCUUCAAAAAGUAUUGUGUCCUCUUGGUUGGGAUCUUUAAGUAGCACUGUUAAGUAUGGAAAUCAGAUGUUCGAUGCUGUACAUAAACGAACUAACGGUGUGGUGAGUGUAUUACCCAACAAAAAUAUUUUAUUCGGCUCCAAAAAGUUAGACGUUGUUAUCUAAUAUCAGCGUUAUGUAUUGUCAGACUUUGCGUCUUGUUUCGAACAAUCUCAAUAUUCUAUCUUCUAACGCUGACGCAUAAAACUUGCGAAAAGCUCAUUUGAACUUAUUUAUUAUAGUGUUUUUCCUUUUUAUAUAAAUAUGUUAUAACUGGAGAGUAGUAAACUUUUCUUAAAUUUUCAAUGUAUUGCAAAGUUUAAAGAUUUCUAUUACAUUCAUUUUCACGCACAAACGAUAUUAUAUUGUCUUUGAAUUUUUGUAUAUAUUUGGGUUGAGAUCUGUAUAAGUGUAAUGAAAUGUGUGAAUUUAUCGCCAUUACACAUAGCUAUUACUUAGAAGCGUGAAAACUCUCGAAAACUUAGCAAUAUUAAGUUAUAUUCCGUUAUUUUUACUUUUAGUGAAAUACUGAUAAGAUAACCUAUUAUUAUAUGUGAUAUAAUAAGCCAAUAUUUCUCGUUUCUAUUAAUUUAUAACUUACAAAAUAUGCUAUGAAAGGUAGAAGUGUAUUACUAUAACAUAUAUAACAUAACUCUUUGUAUAUGUUACAAUAAUAAUUGUACAUUAAUUAUAGACAUUGCAGCAUAAAUAAACCGCUGCAUCUUUGAAUCUCAAGUAGACACUGUAUAUGUUGCUACUAUUGCGAGCAUAGUGUUUGUAAUUAUUUUGAAUUAAGAGGUAAUAUUGUUAAGUAUUUGCGAAAAUAUUAUAUUCUAAUCUGAUUAAAUCUCGAAAAUAUUACAUUUUUAGCGCAAUGUAGACGCAAAUAUAUGAUGUUUGUAAAACUUUUAAA